AUGCAGUUGAUUCAGUUGUUCCAAUUCCUGAUGGUGCUUGUCAUCCAAAGGGAAACUCAAGCCGGACCGUUUGAUUGUACAAACGCCGGAAGCCAGGGUCAGCGACACUUCACGAAACCGAUCUGCGUCCAAGUCUUGAAGGAUACUCUUCCACUCUAUCCGGGCGGAGGAGGGCCGCAGAAGUAUUAUCACAUCCACCAGCUCGCGGCCCCUCCAUCCACAGUUCCCAAGAAAUUCGACUGCACCAAUACCGACGGUCAUCAAAAAACGGCCUGCUGCGACGCUCAAUCGGCCCCCUUUUUGACGCCCCGUCUGGAUAUCGCCGAUUGGAUCGUCUUUUGCAGGUACCCCGACGGCCGGGUCAUCCCACGUGACCAAGGUCCAUGA